UGAAAUCGCAAAAUUCAAAAUUAAAGAAAUAGAAUUAACCAUCUAAACAUAUUUUAAGCAAUAAUCAAAUCUAUAGAAAUACUGUUAAAUAAUGGAGGACACAGUGCAUUUAGCUUUAGUCGAGCAGAGUAUUCGGAACACAGAUAAAUUCAUUAUAGCUCUCUACGAACUCUUGGAACGCAUCACUCGUAUUCUGGAGAAUCCGCAUGAUUACGAAUUGAGGAGUAUUAAAAAAAAUGUUUUCAAAGAUUUAUCGAAACUGGACUCUUUUAAUGAAUACAUGAAGUAUAUCGGAUUCAAAUCGGUAGACAACGAAUUUACAUAUCCAAAGGAGUUAAGUUUUAGCAAAUUAAGGAUGGCUCAAGUGGCCAUCGAAAGGAAACUACAUUUUUGCUGUGGAUCCGUGCCUAUUAGGCCGAUCCCAGUAAAUUCUACAGACGUUAGAGAACAACCUAAAGCAUCCCCAGUUCAUUCGUUGCAAACUAAAAACAGAUUCCUACUCAAAAUUCAAGAUCUAUUCAAUGGUAUGCAAGUUUAUGAGGAUGAAGAUUUAUUAGCACAUGCCCGAGACCAAAUACCCUUAGUGACAUUGCAGCUUAUGGCUUUAGACCGAGUUAGGGAACAGCAGAAGAAAAUUAAGAUGGGGGAAAUAAAAGCAAACGAUCUACCGUUUGAUACAGCUUUGCUAAUGGAGCUCCUGGACUGGUUCAAGCAUGAUUUCUUUAAAUGGGUCGACAAGCCUGACUGUGAUUUAUGCGGAGAACGAACCGUCAAUCAUGAAAACGCUAUCAUGACGAUAGAAGGUGAAACUUGUAGAGUUGAGCUCUACCAGUGCACCGUAUGUGAAGGAGGAACCGCGAUGUUCCCGCGCUACAAUAACCUGCGUACAUUGCUGCGUACGAGGAGUGGUCGGUGCGGCGAAUGGGCCAAUUGCUUUACGCUGCUGUGCCGUGCUUUGGGCUACGACACCAGAUACGUUUAUGACGUCACCGAUCACGUGUGGUGCGAGGUGUUCGACUACGACUCGAACCAGUGGCUGCACGUGGACCCGUGCGAGGCGAAGCUGAACACGCCCCUCAUGUACUCGCACGGCUGGGGCAAACGCCUCUCUUACGUCAUCGCCUUCUCGAGGGACGACCUGCAGGACGUGACGUGGCGGUACACCACCAACCAUAAAGAGGUGUUGAAAUAUCGCUACCUGUGCACGGAAACAGAAUUGAUCUCCACGAUAAUGACGCUGCGGGAGCACAAACAGCGCGAUGUAACGGAGGCCAGGCGACGCUAUCUAGCCAAGCGCACUCUCGAGGAACUAGUGCAGAUGAUGGUGGAAAGGAAACCGAGCGACUACGAGUCCCACGGGCGUAUAUCCGGGUCGCGCAAGUGGCGGAUGCAGCGCGGGGAGCUGGGCGGCGCGGCGGGCGGGGCGGUGGGGGGGCACACGUUCGUGCUGGGGCGCGCGGGCACGCACGUGAUGCGCUACUACUGCGGCGCCGACCGGUGGAGGCGGGCGUGCGACGGCGCCGAGACCGCCCCCCUGCCCGGCUGGCACGCGGCCGCGCUGCACGCCGCCAACGUCUUCAGGAAGGUCGAGCCGGACUGGCUGCAGUCCUACAUAGCUAGGGAAGAGGGCGAGGAUUUCGGUUCGAUCUCGUGGGCGUUCGCGGCUAGUGAGGAGCUGACGUGCGCCAGUUUAUCGAUAAAGGUCCGCACGGCGCUGUACGAGAGCGGCCGCAUCGACUGGACGGUGAAGUUCGACGAUGAAACCCCUACCACGGUUACGUUGAGCGAUAAACCAACGAAGUUCGCACGAAAGUUUCGGAAGGUCAUCAUCAAAGCCGAGCUGUCUGGCGGCGACGGCCCCGUGCGCUGGCAACACGCCCAGCUGUUCCGGCAACACACGUACUCCAAGAGAAGCUCCUUUAUCGUCACAAUCGUGGUCCAGUAAAUCUAAUGUUAGCAGUAGAGAUGAAACGGAUAUCCGGUAUCCGGCCACGUUUUCACUAUUCGGCCGGAUACCGAACAGUAACACAGUAUCCGGCCGGAUUUCGGAUAGUAAAAUUUAAAAAAAUAUGGUUAUACAAAAGGCAAAUAAUACCACAAUAGGUUAUGGAGAACUUUUAUUUUUAUGAUCGCACGUCAAACACCCGAACGCGCACGUUUAUGUCCGAAAGGGCCGGUAUCCGGUAUCCGGCCAAACCACCACUAUCCGUUUCAUCUCUAGUUGCCAGCCUCAUAAAACAAGGUGUAAGAAAAUCGAUCUCAUACUUUCAUCUUACACAGAAAAAUUCAAGCACAAUCGAAGCUUGACCUUUGGGUCGAGUAUUCGGUGGUACACAUUGUCCAUGUCCAUAAGAAAUAAUUCACUGCCAGGCCGGUUGUAUCACCUAUAGAAAUUAGAAGAAAAAAAAGACAUUUCGUGACAACAAACUUCUUGAUUAUAAAUUGUCUUUAGAUAGAACCGGUUCUCUAUACCCUGUAAGCAGUUUGGCACUACGCAAUGUAAAGCGUUUUAUUAAUUUUAUUUACUGAUGGUAGGAUUUAUUUUAAGCCAGCGCGGGUAGUUACCACCGCCCUACCUAUAUCUGCCGCGAAGUAAUAUUAUAUCUCGGCUUCGAAGGGUGGGGCGGAUCUUAUAUUAUACAACUAUUACUAUAUACUAUACAACUGAUGUCCACGUUACCACAUAAAUUAAAUAAAAAUGCUCACAAGUUUUUUUUGCUUCAAAAACGGUGCGCGUGCAA